AUGGAGACUACAAAACCCACCGCCCCCGAACAUCUGGAGCAGCAUGAGCUGCGUGCCACACCAACUGAAACUGCGGUGCCGAUUGCGACCGUGGAAGAGUCAGAACUCGAUUAUUCUGUUGCCUUCAGGACUUGGGCUGCUAUAGCGGCGCUCGCACUGGCGAAUUGCAAUGCCACUUUGUCAAACACAACCAAUACCAUCAUCAAAUACCAAGUUCAGGAUGUGGGAGGAGCAUCGCUUGCCAGCUGGAUCGCCAACAGCAACUUCCUUCUGACCCUGGCUUGUGGCCCGAUCUUUGGCUAUCUGGCCGAUCGACUCGGGAAGCUGUGGUUUAUUGUGGGCGGCUGUGCUGUCGGUGUCGUCGGAUCCUUCAUCAGUUCCUCUGCUCAGAACGUGCACACUAUCAUUGGCGGCAACAUUCUCACUGGUAUUGCCAAUGCCGGCUGUAUUGUCUCUAUCGCUGCAAAUCAGGAGAUUGUGCCUAGUCGGGUUCGACCAUAUGUGUUUGGCUUUGCUCAGACCAUCAAUAGCAUCGCAGCCGUCGUCGGGACAUUCACCGCCGGUGCCUUUGCACAAGCUGGCAACUGGCAAUGGAGCUAUCGCCUCAAUGGUAUCGUUUACGCUAUUGCGGGUAUCUCUGUGCUGUUGUCUUACCGACCACCGCCGACGGCGAUCCGCCGGACAACCAACUUGCGCGAAAUCAUCCUUGGGUGCGACUUCAUCGGCGUUAUCUUACUUGCGGGCUCAUUCGCUUGUAUAGUGAUUGCAUUGACUUGGGGUGGAUCACAAUAUGCCUGGAGUUCAGGAAUGAUCGUCGGGUUGCUUGUUGGCGGCUGUAUUGGCCUGGUCGUCUUCGGCUUAUAUGAGUGGAAAGGCGCGAGAUCAAACGCCGUCCUCGAUCACCGCCUCUUUGACAGCGCCAACUUCCCGAUCCUUUGCUUUAUCUGCCUCAUCGAUGGCAUGCUCCUGCUCGGAGUCAACGUACUUUACUCACACGAAAUACCUGCGGUGUUCGGCGGUGAUGCUGUUAGGACAGCUGUCAUCCUCAGUCCUUAUCUAAUUACCUCAACUCUUGGCUGCUUGCCUGCCGGAUUGAUCAUGGGUCGGACCAAGGCAUACAGAACUCUCUUGGUAUCAGCUCUUCUCUUUGUUAGCCUCUUCACAGGGCUCAUGGCGCUUCUAAACCCAGACAGGGUGAGAUGGGCACUGGCGUUUUCGGCACUCUUUGGAGUGGGCACGGCUGUCACAACCGUAAUUCCAAUCGUUGCACUAGGUCUGUCCGUGCCGUCUUUUCUGCUAGGGACGGCUGGCACUCUCAGUAUUUCCUCCCGUGCUCUGGGGGGGAUUACUGGUGUUACCGUUUACACAGCUAUCUACGACAACAAAUUUGCGCAAAUCCAACCCCACAAGAUCGAUAAAGUUCUUGUCGCGGCAAAUGAGCGCAAGUUGUUGCCACUUGUGCUUGAGGCAUUAUCGUCUCCUGCUCCCGCCCCGGUGUCUCUUGCCCAAGUACCAGGGUUACCUGGAAACUUGAUUGGCCCUAUCGUUAAAGCAGUAGCCGCCGCAAACGCUGAGGCAUACAAGUAUGUCUGGAUCACAAUAAUGGCUAUUGUUCUUGGUGGUGCGAUCGCAUGCCUCUUCCUGAAGUCUGUCAAGGCAGACAUGAAUUCUCACGUCGAGUCCGCCUUGGAGCAUUCGACUACUCGAGACCUUCAAAUGGGGAAAAAAACGGUUCCACCAGAGGUCUAG